GAUAUAGCAUCUGACACUGUUUCAACUCAAGAAAUCAAAAUGAACCUCAACUCUUCCAUAGAUGAUGGUAUUAAAAGAAUCCAAGACGACUGCCCCAAAGCUGGCAGGCACAAUUACAUAUUUAUCAUGAUUCCUACUCUAUACAGCAUCAUCUUCGUGGUGGGAAUAUUUGGAAACAGCUUGGUGGUGAUCGUCAUUUACUUUUACAUGAAAAUGAAGACCGUGGCCAGUGUUUUCCUUUUGAAUUUAGCGUUGGCUGACCUCUGCUUUUUGCUGACAUUGCCGCUGUGGGCUGUCUACACUGCUAUGGAAUACCGCUGGCCCUUUGGCAACUACCUGUGUAAGAUUGCUUCGGCCAGCGUCAGUUUCAACCUCUAUGCCAGUGUGUUUCUGCUCACGUGUCUCAGUAUCGACCGCUACCUGGCCAUCGUCCACCCCAUGAAAUCUCGCCUCCGACGCACAAUGCUUGUGGCCAAAGUCACCUGCAUCAUUAUAUGGCUGCUGGCCGGCUUGGCCAGUUUGCCAUCUGUCAUCCACAGAAAUGUCUUUUUCAUCGAGAACACCAAUGUCACGGUUUGUGCUUUCCAUUAUGAGGCCAACAACUCAAUUGUCCCCGUCGGGAUGGGCCUGACCAAAAACGUCCUGGGUUUCAUCUUUCCUUUUCUGAUUAUUCUGACAAGUUACACUCUUAUUUGGAAGGCCCUCAAGAAGGCUUAUGCCAUCCAGAAGAACAAGCCGAGAAAUGAUGAUAUCUUUAAGAUAAUUAUGGCAAUUGUGCUUUUCUUUUUCUUCUCCUGGGUUCCCCACCAAAUAUUCACCUUCCUGGAUGUGUUGAUUCAGCUGGGCGUCAUACGCAACUGUAAAAUCUCAGAUAUUGUGGACACAGCCAUGCCCAUCACCAUUUGCAUUGCUUAUUUUAACAAUUGCCUCAAUCCUCUUUUCUAUGGCUUUCUGGGGAAAAAAUUUAAAAAAUAUUUUCUCCAACUUCUGAAAUACAUUCCCCCAAAACCCAAGACCCACUCAAAUCUAUCAACAAAAAUGAGCACGCUCUCCUACCGCCACUCCGAUAAUUUAAGCUCCUCCACCAAGAAGUCAGCGCCACCGCCUUUUGAGAUCGAGUGA